GGAAUGCUUUAGCUACUAAGUAAAAUGGAGCUGAGCUUCGUUUCAUUGAAGAGAACAGUUUAAAUUAAAUUAAUUCUAGAGAAAUAUUAUAGAAAAUUAGAUUUUGCAGAUUAAUGUAGCCUGCAAAUAUCACUUUGCUAAGCCAUCUAUUUUUCAUCAUUUAAUUAUGGUUUUUUUUUUUUUUUUUUUUUUUUUUACAGAUCUGGUUUAAUUACAGCUCUCUUUGUGUAGAUCACAAAAUAAUUUUUUAUGAGCCGCUAAACUUAAAAGACAAACCUAAAGAUGAAUAACUCAGUGAACUUCACCGCAUCCGAAGCAUCUACAAACUCCACAACUCAAACCAUUGGGCUACUGGAAAGUCUGGAAAUCUGUGUGUACAUCAUCAAUUUCCUGUUUGGUCUUCCUACACACUCCUAUGUUUUAUGGCUCAUCAUCACAGGAACAGGAAGCGGAGUUGCAUCAGAGUUCUUCAUCCUCAAUCUCUCCAUUUGCGAGAUCGUAAACUCUUUGAACUCUUUGUUCUUUGUACUUUUAUAUUGGUUUUCAAGUGUCUUUAUACUGCUAGUGUUUUUAACAGGACUCUCUGUCACUGGCUGUCCUCUGUUUCAGUGUCUGAUGUGUGUUGAGCGUUACCUGGCAGUGAUUCAUCCUGUAACCUUUCUUAAGUACAAACCUCUCAGAUAUAGAGUGAUCUGCUGCACCGUGGCCUGGAUAAUCAUUUUUGGUUCCUGUUUGUGCUCCACGUUGUUGGCUUCACUCAAUGCAUAUAUAUGGUUCAUCUCGAUGCAGUUCCUCUUCUUCCUCCACAUCCAGUUGUUUUGUCUUGUGGCUGUUCUCAGAGCUCUGAAGCAGUCAGGACCAGGAGCGAGAGGGAGAGAGAGAGAGGAGGAAAACCACAUGAAGAGAAGAGCGUUUUAUCUCAUUUUAAUAACAACAGUGAACAUGGUUAUCUUAUAUGUGCCGAUUUCUAUUUCAGCAUUAUUUACCAAUCUGGCAAAACUCAAUAUUCAGGAAGUUUGGUAUCCUUCAAUGAUUUGUUAUGUGCUGGCUGGUUUUGUACAACCUGUUCUUUAUCUGCAUCGGAAUGGAAAACUUUUUUGCUUCUGUUCUCCAUAA